UGUAGCUAUAGAUAUACACAAACACCUCAACACCUACUGCUUAGCUGUAGAAACUACAGAGAAGCAAGAAAGAAAAUAAAGAGCAGCCUACAGGAGACAAGACUUACAAUGUCCCUUCUCCUAGACACAGACAGGGGAAUCCAAGCUACACUAGCUUUUAUUCAAGAAACUAAAGUAGGCACACGCAAGUGGUAC